CUCGAUCUACAGUCCAGCAGCUCUCCUCCUUCUCAGCUGCCUCUUUUUGUUUGAGUUCUAUCUUUGCUUCAGAUAUGGCUACAGCUGGUAAGGUCAUUAAAUGCAAGGCAGCAGUAGCCUGGGAGCCCAACAAGCCUGUGGUGAUUGAAGAGAUUGAGGUGGCCCCACCUCAGGCCAACGAGGUCCGCAUCAAGAUUGUGGCGACAUCGGUGUGCCACUCUGACCUGUACCACCUUUUGGAGAGUAUGCAUAAAGAUGGCUUCCCAACGGUCCUGGGCCACGAGGCAGCCGGCAUUGUAGAGAGUGUCGGGCCUGGAGUUACUGAAUUUCAGCCAGGAGACAAGGUGAUACCUCUGUUCCUCUCCCAGUGUAAAGAAUGUCACCUCUGCAAGAAUCCUAAGACCAACCAGUGUGCAACAGCAUGGACCAGGAUUCGUCAGGAAAUUAUGGCAGCAGUUGAAUCCAGGUUUACCUGUAAAGGAAAGAGGAUUCUGCAGUUUAUGGGAACCAGCACCUUCUCAGAGUACACUGUGAUACAUCAGAUGGCUGUGACCAAGAUUGAUCCUGAAGCUCCCCUGGACAAAGUCUGUCUCCUCGGCUGUGGGAUCUGCACUGGAUAUGGAGCAGCAGUUAAUACUGCUAAGGUUCAGCCAGACUCCACAUGCGCUGUGUUCGGUCUGGGAGCUGUGGGUUUGGCUGCAGUCAUGGGCUGCAAGACUGCAGGCGCAAAAAGGAUUAUAGCUGUUGACAUCAAUCCAGACAAGUUUGAGAAGGCCAAAGUGUUUGGUGCUACUGACUUCGUCAACCCCAAAGAUCACAGUAAACCCAUCAAUGAAGUGCUGUUUGAGAUGACCAAUGGGGGAGUGGACUUCUCCCUGGAAUGUGUUGGGAAAGUGGACAUCAUGUGCAGUGCCUUGAAGUCUAGUGCACCAGGCUGGGGUGUCAGCGUGAUUGUUGGCUGGACAGACAUGUAUGACGUAGCAGUCCGACCUGUUGAGCUCAUUUCUGGACGUACAUGGAAGGGAUCCCUGUUUGGAGGAUUUAAGAGUAAGGAUGGCGUCCCUGAGAUGGUCAAAGCCUACAUGGACAAGAAAGUCAAGCUGGAUGAGUUCAUCACUCACAACAUGACUUUGGACCAAAUCAAUGAUGCCAUCGAACUGAUGAAGCAGAGCAAAUGCAUCCGGGCGGUCAUGAGUGUUUCUCCACAAUAGGACCACUCUGUGGCUUUCAGUAGCAGCAAAGUGAUUCAGUAAACUGCUUUUAUACCAUUAGCAAAAUAGAACACAGCACACAAAAUAAAGAGAAUGGAUCACUACUCAGUCAGCUGUAAGCAGAUUUGGAUUGGGACAUUCAUCUGCAGUGUAAGCAAAAACUAAACAAGUGUUUAUGGAGCUAAAUAAAUGAUUUAAACAGA